AUGACCGAUGCUUUAUUUGCUUCUGGCAAACUCGGCCUUGACGGACCUGAUUCCUGCCUUUUCGGCACCCACAUCGACGAGGCUCCGGGAUUGGAAUUAUGGUCUCGCUACAUGAUCUAUAUUGGUUUCUCGCGCAAUCGGCCGGAUCUAUGGAAGCUGAAAACCCUCCAUCGGGUCGUCGAGGCCAUCGUGCACCAUCCUAAAUCACGGUUCGCGCAGACUCGGCAAGGGAAAGAAUUCAUGAAACCCAAGAGCCAAGUUAGAGACUGCUUCACUCUGCUCUGUCGCCUGCCAUCCAACACCCGUCAGCGUGGACUCUUUAGCAACUAUAAAGAUGCUAACGGCUGGAACAAACCAGGUGUCUUGAUGAGCCCUAAGGCCGAUUUUCGCUCCAGCCUGAUCGCCGGCGCGGCCCAUUUAGACGAAUUGGAUGUUGUACAAGAUCUGGUAGAAAGCCUCGACUGUGACUUGCACGAUGCCACUGCGACUGCCAUAUCCGACGCCGCCUCCACAGGCAACCUAAGCAUCGUGUUGUUCCUCCUAUCGGGUAAAAAUGGCCCCGAAAGCUACGCCAGGGAUAUGAAGCUGGUCAUUCUGGGAGCUGCCUGGGGUAACCAGCCCGAAAUCAUCAAGUGGGCUCUGUCUCAACUACCACGGCCGGUCUCGCCGCUGGAAGAAAGGCACCACUUCAACCGGAUGCACCGUAUUCUUCUAGACGCAAUGAGCCUAACCACUUGUCUUGAGUGCUUCCGACGCUGUUACGAAUACCAGCCUAUCGUGCACGUUAGCCCCGGAUGUUGCCACCCCCUUUCGAGAGGCAACAACAUCAUGGCCAAGGCGGCGGGGCGUGGCGAUCUCGACAUGUGUGCUUACAUGAUGGCCUCAUGUCGUCGCAGUCCCAAUGGCCUGAUCAAAGGCGAAAAAGAUCCCCAGGUAUUCCAAAAGUAUUUUCGAUCACCUUUGCGGCACGCUGCCCAAGCAGGGAGGAGCGACGUCGUAGAAUUCCUCCUCUACUCUGGUGCCGAUUCUGUCCAGCCAAGCAGGUUAUUCAUCUCCGGAGAUCUGCUUUCCUCGGAAGAACCCCAGUCUGUCUUCAACGCUGCCGUCCAGGGUGGCUCAGUGCGCUGCCUUGAGUUGAUCGUGGAAGCAUACAACAAAAAGACGAGCCAGCUCAAACCAGGCCUGCUUGCUCAAUUCUGGACGGGUGAGCUCAGCGAGGGCUUUAUGCUUGCCGUAAGCAGAGAGAACGAAGACCUGGUUCUGUUUUUACUACAAAUGUGCCACGACCUUGACUUGAAGUCCUGGGAUGUUGCCGAAGACGCACUCAGGGAAGCACAAAGUUUGGAACUGGAGUCUAUGAUUGAGCUUCUUCAGAGCCCUCUGCUCUAA